AUAAUAUGAAUAAACGCAAUUUUAUGACGAUAGAUUUAAUCCAUUUUGAACAAAGAAAAAAUGAUAUUAUUCAGGAUAUUAUGAAGGCAUCUACAGAACAAGGCUUUUUUUAUGUGAUUAAUCAUGGUAUUGAUGAAGAUCAAAUUCAACAUAUGUUUAAAAUAAGUCAAGAUUUCUUUGAUUUACCAGAAUCUACAAAAACAAAAUACCCUUUGGAUGUCCCUCGAAAUGCUGGUUAUGAGAAUUUCGCUCAACUUCGACCUCAAACUGGUUUACCUGACUUGAAAGAAUCUAUGCAACUUGCAUUUCAUCAUAUUCCUGAUCUUUGGCCUAGUGAACAAGAUAUUCCUGAUUUUCAAUCAAAAGUCCAACGGUUUAUGCAACAAUGUAAUAAGGUGUCUCAACAAUUACUCGAAUGCUUUGCUCUUGGUUUAGGAUUUCCUCAAGAUUUUUUUACUCGUUCUCAUGAUAUUUCACAACCUGAUUGUCUCAACUCACUUCGAUUCCAUCAUUAUUUCGACUUGACCAACACCAUGUUUGAUCCACAUCAAGGUAUUCAAUGGCCAGUUGUAGAUGCUGAAGAUGUGAAUGAUUAUUAUCGCGCAGGACCACAUACUGAUCCUGACACACUCACUCUUUUAUUUCAAAACAAUCCUGGUCAUGAUUGUUUGGAAGCAUGUCAAGGACGUACCGACGUGACACAGUUUGUCCAAGGCACCCACUGGCUCCCUCUUUGUCCUCAAAAGAACGAACUUGUUUGCAACAUUGGUGAUAUGUUGAUGCGUUGGAGUGAUGACCUUUUGAGAAGCAAUUUUCAUCGUGUUAAUCGACCCAUAAACGACCUAUCUUCUCGUUACACAAUUGCCUACUUUACUCAAGCCAAUAAAUCCGCUAUCAUCCAAGGACGCUCCAAGUAUAUUGAACCUUUGACGGCAGGUGAUUUUUUACGACAAGCAAUGGAACGAAAUCAUCAACGUGUCAAGUUACUUAUUGAUCAACGUCAGGAACGAAAACGACUUCAAAUCAUUCAACAACAACAGGAUCACCCUACCUCCUCUUCUGUCUCUUCCACCUCUCAAAGGCCCACUACUCUUGCUCCUGUUUUAGCCAUUUAGUUUAGUUGCUUUUUUUUUAUUUUUUUUUUUAUAUUACUUUAUAUCCUUACUCUCUUCAAUACACACAUGCACUAUAUAUCUAUAUAUUUUCUUUUGUACAUAAUAUCCAUAUUUCACAUUGAUUUUCUAUUUUUGUUUCGAUCCAUCAAUAAAAAUACAAUUAUACUUCAAA